ACAAAUUUUAGUUGCACAUAUUCUUUUAGGUGCUAAUUUAUAAAUAUGUAUAAAUAAAUAUUAGUAAUACUCAAUUAAUAAAAUGGCCGUGAAAUAAAUAAUAAUAUAAACAUACAGCAGUACUACCAUCUAUAUAAACUGCAAAGACUGCAAUCUUCUCCACACAAUUAGCUCAUGUUUGGAACUUAUCCGAAAUUAGCAUUUUGGAACAAAGAUGUUAAUCUAAGCCUCUCGUCAUGAAACUAUUCAGAUAGAUGAUCUAACUGGUUUUAUCUCUAAUUAAGCCUCUAACAUCAAAUUCUAGCCCAAACCUUCCCUUGCCAAACACAACCAUGAUCUCUAUCACGACCUUAUAAUUUUUCAUCACCAAUCCAUCAUUUUUAUUUUAUAUUCCUCAAUAUAUACUUGUGAGGCCACCACUACUAAAUCUAUCUAUUUGAAAUGUUAUCAUAUUUCAAUAAUAUCUAUCUAAUUGGACCACCAUCACUAACCUUGCAUAUAUAAUAUACAUUCAAUUGAAUUUUCGAACAUGGGCUCUACCAAUAUGUGUAACACUAUUGGUCCUGAUAUGAGAAAAAGCUUGAACAAUUCCUAUGAACAAGGUUAAUCUUCUUUCCUUUAUGUAGCCCAUAAAAACUCCAAAUUUAAGUGUGCUUGCAUUGGAGCAAUGUGUAACGCCCUAUGGAUUUUCUCGAGGAGACAAAGUGUGCCACAUCUCCUAACAUUUAUUAGAGUAUAUAAAGUCUCAUACUAAUCCAAAUGUCAAAUAUCAUUCCGGAUUCACACGAAGCCGAUAAAACUUUAAAAUAUGUUAGUCAACCUGAGGAACUGGAAGAAGAUCGUGAAAGCAUAACAGCCGUAUCAAAAUUUGAGAACAUAGAUUUAUUACCUGAUGAUGAACUGAAUAAAAAAUCACUUGAGAAUGCUAAGGAGAGUUAUUCUUCAAGCAUAGGCAUCACAUAUGCAGAUGGAAAAAGCAUAUUAUGCAAGGAUUCACACCCUGAAUGCAAUUCCAGAGUUCCUGCCAUUGUCAAUGCUCUUGCAGAAAUGAAGUUAACUCCAGAGUUUAGGGGCUCAGAGAUUAUUGAACUUACAAACUUCAGGACUGCUACAAUUGAUGAUAUAGCUAGUGUUCAUGAAAGAGCUUAUGUAUCAGGACUUGAGAAGGCGAUGGAUCAGGCUUCAGAACAAGGACUUGUUUUCAUUGAAGGCUCUGGACCAACUUAUGCUACUUCCACAACCUUCCAGGAGUCUUUAUUGGCAGCUGGUGCUGGGCUCUCAUUGGUGGAUGCAGUGGUUGCAGCAUCGACAGUGAAGGAAGAACCACUGGUAGGUUUUGCUUUAGUCCGGCCGCCAGGUCAUCAUGCUGUGCCAGCUGGACCAAUGGGAUUUUGUGUAUUUGGAAAUGUUGCCAUUGCCGCUCGUUAUGCUCAACGUGCUCACGGAUUGAAGCGUGUCUUUAUCAUUGAUUUUGACGUACACCAUGGGAAUGGAACCAAUGAUGCCUUCUAUGAUGAUCCUGAUAUAUUUUUUCUUUCCACUCACCAAGAUGGGAGCUACCCAGGUACUGGUAAAAUAAAUCAGAUAGGUAUUGGGGCUGGUGAAGGAACUACCCUAAAUCUGCCCUUGCCAGGUGGCUCGGGAGAUAGAGCCAUGCAAAGUGUCUUUGAAGAAGUUAUCGUGCCAAGUGCUCGGAGGUUCAAGCCUGACAUAAUUCUCGUUUCAGCUGGAUACGACGCGCAUGUGUUGGACCCGCUGGCGAACCUGCAGUUUACGACAGGAACGUAUUAUAUGCUGGCUUCGGGCAUCCGACAGCUGGCGAGGGAUUUAUGUGGGGGCCGUUGUGUGUUCUUCCUUGAAGGCGGUUACAACCUGACGUCCCUUUCGCAUUCAGUUGGUCACUCAUUUCGUGCAUUGAUCGGGGAGCCUAAUUUGACUCCGGAGUUUGAGAACCCGGCUUUCUUGUACGAGGAACCAUCGAGAAAGGUAAAGGAAGCUAUACAAAGAGCCAAGCACAUUCAUUGUCUGUGAAAAAAUCCUUGGACAAUAUCAAGGAUCAUUUUCUACCUAAAAUACUUGCAAGAUUUACUCAAACAGCGCAUGUACCCGCAAUAUAAAUAAAAUAAAAUUAUAUAAUUGUUAUGAAAUAUCUGUAUAUGUGAAUGACUAUUUUGUCUUCGAUUUAAUUGUAUUAUUACAAUUGUGUUGUCUGAAGUUUUCCUAUAAAUAGGAGC